AUGGCGGACGCCGAGGCCCUCCCGACUCCGGCGGCGGUGGCGGCUCCGGCGACGGCUGAGCCCGAGGCUGAGCCCGAGGCUGUGCCGGGCCCGGGCCUGUGCGGCGGGGGGAGCCUGGGCCCUGCCCUGGGCCGGUGCCGGGCCGCGGUGACGGUGGAGCCGGUGCUGCUGCUGGCCAUGGCGGCGCUGGUGCUGCAGGGCCCGCUCACCACGCAGUACAUCUACCAGAGGAGCAGCGAGCGGCUCGGCUACGCCGGCAACUCCAGCCGCGGCUGCAACAGCACCGCCAGCCCCGGGGAGCGGCGGCUCCAGCAGGAGGUGGAGACGCUGACCGCACACUGGAACCUGUGCAUAAACGGCGCCGGGUUUGCCGUGGGCCUGUUCUCGGCCACGCUGCUGGGCCCCUGGAGCGACAGCGUGGGUCGCAGACCCAUCCUGCUCGUGCCCACCCUGGGCCUGGCUCUGCAGGCUGCCGUCUACCUCCUGGUGGUGUCCCUGAGCCUGCCCGUGGCUUGCCUCCUGGUCGGACGUCUGCUGAGCGGCGCGCUGGGCGACUUCAGCACCCUGCUCGCUGGCUGCUUCUCCUACAUCGCGGACGUCAGUGACAAGGAGGCGCGGACCUUCCGCGUGGCCGUGCUGGAGGCCUGCCUGGGCCUCGCUGGGAUGUUCGGCAGCGUUAUCGGCGGGCAGUGGAGGAAGGCGCAGGGCUACACCAACCCGUUCUGGCUCGCGCUUGCCCUCUACUUGGCCGCGGGACUCUACGCUUUCUUCUUCGUCCGGGAGUCUGUGAGCGUCGCGGGCAGCAGCAAGCUGUUCACCACGGAGCACUACCGCUCUGUGUGGCGCUUGUUCGCCAGCCGGAGGGGGGAGAACGGAGGCCGGGGGCAGCUCUGCCUCUACGUCCUCUGCCUCUUCAUCGUGAUCACCGUGCAUUUCGGGGUCAAGGAUGUCCUGAUCUUAUUCGAGCUGAGUUCGCCGCUGUGCUGGCAGUCCGAUCUGAUCGGUUAUGGCUCAGCCGCCGAGCACCUGACCUACCUGAGCAGCCUGCUCGGCCUGAAGCUGCUGCAGCAGUGCCUGGAGGACACCUGGAUAGCGGAGCUCGGGCUCAUGUCCAACAUUGCGGGUUUGGUGGUCAUUUCGGUGGCAACUACGAUCCCCAUCAUGUUCACAGGGUACGGACUGCGGAUUCUCGCUAUGGCAACCACCCCGGUGAUCCGAGCCAAGAUGUCGAAGCUGGCACAGGGGACCGAGCAAGGUGCCCUCUUUGCAGCAGUGGCGUGUGUGGAGAGCUUGUGCUCGCUGAUGUCCACCUGGAUCUUCAGCUCUCUGUACCCGGCCACACUGCACUUUAUGAAAGGUUUCACAUUUGUUUUCGGAGCAGCGAUGCUCCUCGUUCCCGCAGGACUCCUCGGGUUGCUGAAGUGCCGUGAGCCUGGUGGGCAGUACAGGCGUCUUGGAGAUGCAGUGUGAUAACUCCGGGCUCUUACUGCGAUACGUCACAACCGAAAGCAUCAGUCGCUGUGAUCAUCAGGAGAACACCAAUGCAAUUUACACAAUGCAAUUUACAUUUAUACAGUGCCUUUCACAUUCCCAAAGGGCAUCCCAGCUGGGGGUGGAAGCCAAAGGCGCCGGGGAAGGGGAAAGAUAACCGAAAGCACAGUCAAAGACGUACGGCUUAACUUAUGCAGAGUAACAAUCAAGCCAGGUGUGAACUAAUGUAUUGAGAGCGAUGUUAAAGACAGCUGAAGCUCAGGGGGAAUUUGGUUGUGUGUGUGUGAGGGAAUCUGCUGGCGGCUCCCAGAACACACACCGAGACACAGACUCUCUCUCUCUGGGUUUUCAACAGCUUUCUACUUUCAGCUGAUUAUAUUUUAGAAUCUUUAAAACAUCGUCUCACCCGGUUUCGAUCCCUGCAACUGAUAUUUCCAGAGAGAAAGAGGCCAUUCGCAAAGUGAAAGGCACAGAGGAUCCCUGCGUCUUGUACGUGAGGGACAGUCUCGGCCUCACACAGUGACGCUAUAAUAAUAAUAAUAAUAAUCCUUGCAUUUGAUACAGAGCCUUAUCACGUCUUCGAAACGUCUCAUAAAGCGCUUCACAGGAUACGCUAUAAAGUGAAUUGACUGUAUAUUUUAUGGGCGAAACGAUCACCUCACACUGCGCUAAGUCACACAGUGACUGUCACCUCACACUAAUAUUGUUCAUUGUUAAAUCUGUUCUCUCAGUGAUUUCUGAGUGUAAUUUGAUGGCGGCUACGGUAAUGUAUAGCCGGGCUGCAGCGUGCCAAAGCUUUUGGAAAAUGAGCCAGAGAGAAGCGGAAUUGUGGCAAUGAUGAUGAUGAUGUACCAGCAGAAAUACAAUCUUUUUAUAAUAUUUAA